GGUGAGCAGCGAAAACGAGCGAACUGAACGCAUGCUUCGCGCAAAGUGUCGAGUUAUACCGAACUGAACGGACGUGCUUUUGCGGCGACGCGUGAAACGAAAUAGGCAACUAAAAGUGUGUCAUAUGAAGCGCUAAAAAAGAUCAUCCAUUUUUUUCCCCAAAAAAAACUCUCGAAUCUAAAUUUUAUACUCCCAUUUGUAUGCAUUUGUGAAUUUUCAGGAAAUAAAGCAGAAAUAUACUUCACCUACGCCGCGCUGCUGCUUCGUGUUUCAAAUUGGUAAUUUUGCUUGCUUAUUUUUAACAAAAUAAAAAAGUAAAAAUAGAAAUAGAAAUAAAUUGAAUUAAGUUUAAAUGUGCGAUCGAUCGCCCGAGCGAUAAAAUAACACAAGUGAAAUUAUUGUGAUUUGUGUGCGCAUGUUGUGCGACCGACUGACAGCCGCUGCAAAAUUAGCUUGAAAUAAACAGUUGUGUGGAUUUUGGUUGUUGUUGGCUUAAGCGGUUCAUAUUGAAUUUCGUUAAAAGGUGUAGUAAAAAUUCGUAGCUUCUUCGCAUUCGCCCAAUCACAUUUCGUUUGGCUGGGCACUUAUCAUUCCCGAAGCCUAGAUAGUGCUCGAUUUCAAGCAGCACGUGCGUGGAUUAUAUAAAGAGCGUGCACAAGUGUGAAUAAUCUGUAAAGUGCCGAACACGAACGGAAUACGAAAAAAAUCUGUUUCAUCGCGCUCCAAGUCCACACACACAAAUGCCUAAACCACUCGUAGAUAUCUCCGCAUCUAUGUCACAAUGAAGAGUAUUAUUUCUCGUUUCUAUAGUAAUUAUGGCUUUAGUCUUAUUUAUGUGAUACUAGUUUAUACAACAUUAGCGCACAGUGUACCGUCUUGCGGUUUAUAUGGAGCGCCGCCGUGCCAGUUUGUACCAGCGCCGCCGGGACAAACACCAUCAUGUGCUCGACCCGGUCGAACUUACUGCGAGCAUGUGGACAAUUAUCCAACCUAUCUCAUCAAGCAUCUCGUCCAUAAGUGGGGUUAUGAAGCCAAGAAUCUGCUCGUGGACGAGUCCUGGGAUGAAUUUGCCGCAUUGACGUGGCACGAGUCACCGGUUUUCUACGAUCCAGCCUUUAUUUUUAAUCGCCCCUAUAAUGGCGGCAAUGAUGACUUCAAUGGCUACAAAUAUGGCACACCCAGUGCAAAUGGCAACGGUGGCGUUGGAGCCGGAGCUACCAGCAGCAGUGAGAACACAUUUAUCAUAACAAAAGCACAGACGACAGAGACACCAACCUUCCUCUUCUACACCUCCGCUGGCCAACGGCCGAAUAAAAAUCAGGUGAACAGCUACAGCGGUACAGGGGCCGGUAGUGGGCAUAAGACUUCGUCGAAUAGCCCCGCCUUUUGGCUUAAACGCAUAACACGCAAUGUUGACGGUGUGGUGGGCGUAGAAGUAGGUGGUAACUUAACCGCCGCCUUGACAUCAUACGGCCCCGAUGCCGACCCAGUGACGGCUAGUCGUGCGAAACGCAGCAUUUCUUCAUCCUCUCAAAGCACAUCAUCUUCAUCGAAACUGUCACGUGACGUUUCACUUAAUAUGGAUCUCUUGGAUAUCGUCGGCGCCGAUAAGGGCGCCAAAACGCGUACCAAACGACAAAGUCCCGGUCGGGAAACACUCUGCAAGACCACCUCACAAUUUAUUACACCACAAGCGGCGCUCAACAACAAAGGCAACUGGAUGUUCGUGGUGAAUGAGCCGAGCACAGCGCGCCAAAUGGUGAAAGCGGAAUUAUGCGCCUCGAACACCUGCUCGAAUCUCUGCCAACUGCCCAACGGUUACAACUCCAGAUGCGAGCAGAAAUUCGUGCAGAAACGCCUGAUUGCCCUGCAGGCCAACGGUCAAAAUCUCUACACGGACUCAUUUUGGUUUCCGAGCUGUUGCGUUUGUACGAUAGCGGCGAAUUGAGAGCACACCACGGUCGUCUUCAGCUUGACGGAAGAAUGCUGUGGCAGCGAAUGCACUUAGGCUGGGGAUUCUUUAAAUCAUUGUUUAAUUAAUUUAUGGAGACUUAAAUAAUUUAUAUAAUAACGAAUUUGUUAAUAAUGCAAGCGUACAACAAAAACAAAAGCAAGAAACACUCAUAUGAGAACUCCAAAUCAUGAAACAUUAAAAACGAAAAAAGAAAAAAACAAAAACAUAAACAAAA